UUAACUUGAUCCCUACUACUACUACUACUACUACUACUACUACUACUACUACUACUACUACUACUACUACUACUACUACUACUACUACUACUACUACUACUACUACUACUACUACUACUACUACUACUACUACUACUACUACUACUACUACUACUACUACUACUACUACUACUACUACUACUACUACUACUACUACUACUACUACUACUACUACUACUACUACUACUACUACUACUACUACUACUACUACUACUACUACUACUACUACUACUACUACUACUACUACUACUACUACUACUACUACUACUACUACUACUACUACUACUACUACUACUACUACUACUACUACUACUACUACUACUACUACUACUACUACUACUACUACUACUACUACUACUACUACUACUACUACUACUACUACUACUACUACUACUACUACUACUACUACUACUACUACUACUACUACUACUACUACUACUACUACUACUACUACUACUACUACUACUACUACUACUACUACUACUACUACUACUACUACUACUACUACUACUACUACUACUACUACUACUACUACUACUACUACUACUACUACUACUACUACUACUACUACUACUACUACUACUACUACUACUACUACUACUACUACUACUACUACUACUACUACUACUACUACUACUACUACUACUACUACUACUACUACUACUACUACUACUACUACUACUACUACUACUACUACUACUACUACUACUACUACUACUACUACUACUACUACUACUACUACUACUACUACUACUACUACUACUACUACUACUACUACUACUACUACUACUACUACUACUACUACUACUACUACUACUACUACUACUACUACUACUACUACUACUACUACUACUACUACUACUACUACUACUACUACUACUACUACUACUACUACUACUACUACUACUACUACUACUACUACUACUACUACUACUACUACUACUACUACUACUACUACUACUACUACUACUACUACUACUACUACUACUACUACUACUACUACUACUACUACUACUACUACUACUACUACUACUACUACUACUACUACUACUACUACUACUACUACUACUACUACUACUACUACUACUACUACUACUACUACUACUACUACUACUACUACUACUACUACUACUACUACUACUACUACUACUACUACUACUACUACUACUACUACUACUACUACUACUACUACUACUACUACUACUACUACUACUACUACUACUACUACUACUACUACUACUACUACUACUACUACUACUACUACUACUACUACUACUACUACUACUACUACUACUACUACUACUACUACUACUACUACUACUACUACUACUACUACUACUACUACUACUACUACUACUACUACUACUACUACUACUACUACUACUACUACUACUACUACUACUACUACUACUACUACUACUACUACUACUACUACUACUACUACUACUACUACUACUACUACUACUACUACUACUACUACUACUACUACUACUACUACUACUACUACUACUACUACUACUACUACUACUACUACUACUACUACUACUACUACUACUACUACUACUACUACUACUACUACUACUACUACUACUACUACUACUACUACUACUACUACUACUACUACUACUACUACUACUACUACUACUACUACUACUACUACUACUACUACUACUACUACUACUACUACUACUACUACUACUACUACUACUACUACUACUACUACUACUACUACUACUACUACUACUACUACUACUACUACUACUACUACUACUACUACUACUACUACUACUACUACUACUACUACUACUACUACUACUACUACUACUACUACUACUACUACUACUACUACUACUACUACUACUACUACUACUACUACUACUACUACUACUACUACUACUACUACUACUACUACUACUACUACUACUACUACUACUACUACUACUACUACUACUACUACUACUACUACUACUACUACUACUACUACUACUACUACUACUACUACUACUACUACUACUACUACUACUACUACUACUACUACUACUACUACUACUACUACUACUACUACUACUACUACUACUACUACUACUACUACUACUACUACUACUACUACUACUACUACUACUACUACUACUACUACUACUACUACUACUACUACUACUACUACUACUACUACUACUACUACUACUACUACUACUACUACUACUACUACUACUACUACUACUACUACUACUACUACUACUACUACUACUACUACUACUACUACUACUACUACUACUACUACUACUACUACUACUACUACUACUACUACUACUACUACUACUACUACUACUACUACUACUACUACUACUACUACUACUACUACUACUACUACUACUACUACUACUACUACUACUACUACUACUACUACUACUACUACUACUACUACUACUACUACUACUACUACUACUACUACUACUACUACUACUACUACUACUACUACUACUACUACUACUACUACUACUACUACUACUACUACUACUACUACUACUACUACUACUACUACUACUACUACUACUACUACUACUACUACUACUACUACUACUACUACUACUACUACUACUACUACUACUACUACUACUACUACUACUACUACUACUACUACUACUACUACUACUACUACUACUACUACUACUACUACUACUACUACUACUACUACUACUACUACUACUACUACUACUACUACUACUACUACUACUACUACUACUACUACUACUACUACUACUACUACUACUACUACUACUACUACUACUACUACUACUACUACUACUACUACUACUACUACUACUACUACUACUACUACUACUACUACUACUACUACUACUACUACUACUACUACUACUACUACUACUACUACUACUACUACUACUACUACUACUACUACUACUACUACUACUACUACUACUACUACUACUACUACUACUACUACUACUACUACUACUACUACUACUACUACUACUACUACUACUACUACUACUACUACUACUACUACUACUACUACUACUACUACUACUACUACUACUACUACUACUACUACUACUACUACUACUACUACUACUACUACUACUACUACUACUACUACUACUACUACUACUACUACUACUACUACUACUACUACUACUACUACUACUACUACUACUACUACUACUACUACUACUACUACUACUACUACUACUACUACUACUACUACUACUACUACUACUACUACUACUACUACUACUACUACUACUACUACUACUACUACUACUACUACUACUACUACUACUACUACUACUACUACUACUACUACUACUACUACUACUACUACUACUACUACUACUACUACUACUACUACUACUACUACUACUACUACUACUACUACUACUACUACUACUACUACUACUACUACUACUACUACUACUACUACUACUACUACUACUACUACUACUACUACUACUACUACUACUACUACUACUACUACUACUACUACUACAACUACUACUACUACUACUACUACUACUACUACUACUACUACUACUACUACUACUACUACUACUACUACUACUACUACUACUACUACUACUACUACUACUACUACUACUACUACUACUACUACUACUACUACUACUACUACUACUACUACUACUACUACUACUACUACUACUACUACUACUACUACUACUACUACUACUACUACUACUACUACUACUACUACUACUACUACUACUACUACUACUACUACUACUACUACUACUACUACUACUACUACUACUACUACUACUACUACUACUACUACUACUACUACUACUACUACUACUACUACUACUACUACUACUACUACUACUACUACUACUACUACUACUACUACUACUACUACUACUACUGCCACUACUACUACUACUACUACUACUACUACUACUACUACUACUACUACUACUACCACUACUACUACUACUACUACUACUACUACUGCCACUACUACUACUACUACUACUACUACUACUACUACUACUACUACUACUACUACCACUACUACUACUACUACUACUACUACUACUACUACUACUACUACUGCCACUACUACUACUACUACUACUACUACUACUACUACUACUACUACUACUACUACUACUACUACAAAUAAAAGUAUCAUGAAAAACUAUUAG